CAUAUGACCUAACAUUAGUACCAGCUCACAGAAGCAGAGGAAAACAAAGGACUACUCAGCUGCGAGUUCAGCUAUCCCUCGAGAUGGCAGAUAAGAACUUUCUGUCAUUCUUGGUCAUAACUCUCUGUACAGUCAUUACAUGUGAUGGGAGUGUAUCCCUAUCUGCUCCAGCCACUGUAAAUCUGGAGGAGAAAGGUUCAGCCAAUAUCACCAUAACGACUAGCGCUCCUCUGAAUGUCUCAGCACUCAUUCUUUUUAACUUCACUGACUCCUCUGCAAAUGUUACCUCAAUACUUCAACUGCCUCAGCAGGUAGAGUUGCCUGCAAACACCACAUCAAGCACUUUUGAGGUUCAUGCUGAACAUGUGGGUCAGGUGACAGCCUAUUUAUACAGCAACAACACUGACAUUGCAAGCCAUAAGACCAGAAUCCGUUUCUUGGUCAUUAGAAGCAACAUCAUUGAUAUAAUUAACCAAGUAAUUGGUUGGAUUUACUUCCUAGCAUGGUCUAUCUCAUUCUACCCUCAAGUAUAUGAGAACUGGAGAAGAAAAAGUGUGGUGGGGCUGAACUUUGAUUUUCUGGCACUCAACUUGACAGGCUUCAUUGCCUACAGUGUCUUCAAUGUAGGCCUCUUCUGGGUUCCAUACGUGAAGGAAGAGUUUUUGAAGAUAAAUCCAAAUGGUGUAAACCCAGUGGAUACCAACGAUGUGUUCUUCAGUCUCCAUGCAGUUGUGCUGACUCUUGUGUAUGUCUCUCAGUGUGCCAUCUAUGAAAGAGGAGGGCAGAAGGUGUCCAAGAUUGCUAUUGGCCUUCUGGUGAUUGGUUGGACGUUUGCCCUGGUCACCCUCUUUGUUGCUGUGGCCAAUAAGAUCACCUGGCUGGAAUAUCUCUACUAUUUCUCUUACAUCAAGCUAGGUGUCACCCUCGUCAAAUACAUCCCACAGGCCUACAUGAACUACCAAAGACAAAGCACAGAGGGGUGGAGCAUUGGCAAUGUGUUGCUGGACUGCACAGGAGGCAGCUUCAGUCUCAUUCAGAUGUUCCUUCAGUCGUAUAACAACGAUGAAUGGAAGCUCAUCUUUGGGGACCCCACAAAGGCAGGACUUGGCUUGUUCUCCAUAUUCUUCGAUGUGGUGUUCAUCAUUCAGCACUACUGUCUGUACAGACAUAAACCACGUUAUGAGCUUGUGGGUGACCAGGAAUAGGCUAAUUACCUUUUACUCUUUACCUCUGUCAGUGAGACUGGGUCCAAAUUAUUUUCUAUAGGACUUGUGUUCCCAGCCAUUUAAUGGGAAGUGGGGCCAUACUUCCGAACUUGAUUUUUUUUUAAAGUUUACACUUUUUCUCCGUCUCAAAAUGCGCAUCAGCCAAUUAAAAUCGUUGGCGUAGUUGCACGUGAUCAAACACUAUUGGUGCUUUCAAGACAACUGGGAACUCUGGGCGGUCAGCUGUGAUAACUUGCACAGCUGGCCGUGAUUCUAUCUGGUUCAAAUUCUGUAUCGGACAAUUAAAAUCGUUGACGUAGUAGUUGGACAUGAUCCAACACUUAUUCAUGAAAGUGUCCUUAACAAAAGUCCAACGGCGUGUUCUGAUAAUCAAAGCAACUAGAUCACGUGUGUUUGACUUACUGGUCAAAUAGCUCUCUGUGUAGAGUGCCAACUCCAUGUAAUUGUUGCUGAUUGUGGCAAGGGUUUGAAUCUCAUUAAUUUUUUUAGUCCUUUUGAAAUGCAGAAUUACUUUUAUUGUGUUAGUGAGUUGAGGAGAAGUGUAGCCAAAACCUUGUAAAUGAAGAUUACGCAUACAUUUAAUGAGGAGCUUCUUGUUGGAGUCCCUCUUGCAGACCGACACAUAGGCUACUGGCACUGAUACAUAAAUAGGUGUUGCUUUUAUAAGCUAUAUUACAUAGAUUUUAGUGCUGAGCGAUUUAACCGGCGUCGGUUCAAUUAUUUGAAUUCUAUUUCGUUCAGUUUUUUUCUGUGAGCUAGAUGUGCAGUUUCUGUACAGAUAAAUUAGAUAAAGCCUGAACUGUGCGACGUAGUAGGGAUUUGAAGUUUCCAGCAGUCCAAUAUUCUACAUAGUUUAGCGCAGAAAACGUAAUUAACUACAAUCCAUUGCGUGCCCACUUAAACUUGUCUGGUCUGUCCUGAGCAAGACAUGGGGUGGUUUUUGUAAAUUAAUUUUGUCUAUCUACUCUGAUUUCAGACCACUCUCGUUUGAGUGUGCCAGAGCGCAGAACAACUGAUUAUUUACGAAUGCGGAACACCCGUUGAAUAUGACAGGUAUCAGUAACGGUUGGCAAAAAACUGAAUUAAAUUGUUGCUAGCAGCACAGUUAGUCACUAAUGCUCUAGAUAACAUGAAAACAGCCUAACUAGCUCUGCUAGGGCAAUUAAAAUGGUCAGAGUGAGGUGUGUCUCAUUUGUGUGUGGCAGUAACUAGCAAGCUAACCAACUUUAGCCAGUUAGCUUGGGCACUUGACUGCCUUUGUGAGGUCAGAACUCUCGGAUCAACCCUACUCCUUGGCCAGAGCGUCCAGUGUGCGCUCUGAAUGCUCAGAGAGCGAAACGCUCUGAAUUUACUUAAGUGAUAAUACCAGAGAAGCCUGUGUUUGGAGGAUAUAUUGGCACGGGUGUUUCGUCUCGGGCAUGCAAACUGUGCCAAUAU